AUGGAGCAGAAGAUCUUCUUCUUCAUCCUGGAUGAGGGAAAAAUGGAAUUACUUUACUAUGUAUUAAUAAACACAAGGUCUCCGUGGAUUUCUCAUGUAACAUCAACAGUACAAGGUCUCAGUACCAUACACGCAUACAACAAGACAGAUGAUUUUAUACAGACAUUUUGCAAACAGCUGGACAGAAACGCGGCUCCGUAUUAUGCCUACCUUUGUUCCAUGCGAUGGCUAUCAUGUCGACUUGAUUGCAUGAGUAUAUCUGUAACGAUACUGGUGGCUCUCUUUGUCAUAUUUUCAACUAUUUUCCCUGAAACGUUCGGAGAAACCAGUGCUUCUUUCGCUGGAUUGGCACUCUCUUAUGCAGUUACUUUGACUGGGAUGUUCCAAGUUUGCGUUCGGUUCAGUGUAGAGACGGAGUCUUACUUCACUUCGGUGGAAAGAGUCAACGAAUAUAUAACUACUUGUCCAUCUGAACAACCUGUCGACAAACAAACUAAAGAAAUACCGAAGAAUUGGCCACAUAAAGGAGAAAUUAGGUUUAAAAACAUCUGCAUGAGAUACAGACCUGACCUACCGCUGGUGUUGAAGAAUGUGUCGCUAACUAUUAAACAAAAGGAAAAGAUCGGGAUAGUUGGACGUACGGGUUCAGGAAAGUCCAGUCUCGGUACGGUUUUAUUCCGUCUUGUCGAGUUAUCCAGUGGUUCUAUAUCCGUGGACGGUGUAAAUAUUGGGGAAAUAGAGUUGAAAGAUUUGAGAAAAAAUCUGUCAAUCAUUCCCCAGGAUCCCGUUCUGUUUGUGGGAACUGUCCGUUAUAACCUUGAUCCUUUCGAUCAAUAUUCCGAUGAGGAAAUUUGGAAAGCUUUAGAAAGAACGCAUAUGAAACCUACGAUUUCUGAACUUCCCGACAAACUGGAAACAGAAGUUGUGGAAAAUGGUGAAAACUUCAGCGUUGGAGAGAGACAACUCUUAUGCAUGGCCCGCGCUAUUUUACGCCAUUCUAAAAUAAUAAUGCUGGAUGAAGCCACUGCUGCUAUCGAUAGCGAAACGGAUAGUUUGGUGCAGGAUACGAUUCGUGAAGCAUUCGCCGACUGCACAAUGCUAACUAUCGCUCAUAGAUUAAACACGGUGCUAACCAGUGAUAAGAUAUUAGUGAUGGACGACGGAGAGGUUGCCGAAUUCGACAACCCUGCUUCCUUGCUCGCCGAUCCUUUAUCUCAUUUUUCGAAAAUGAUUGUCGCUUCCGCUAGCGUGGAUGAUCAAGCGAACAGUAAUGAGCCAUUAGCUCCUGCCUCCCCUACUAUGCCACCGUCUCUAUUAAAUGAUCCCUCCCCUAUAAACACAGCCUUUUCUAAUGAUGCCUUUGAAAGCGAUUCGGAAGCUGACGAAACAGCAUUUUAAAAAAUGAAAAAGUGCGGGCGAUGGUUGUUUUAUCGCCAUAUAGUUAUAAUACACCUUGCUGGCGUUUAUUUAAAGCAGUAUUGUGUCCGUGAACCGACGGUACAACGUUAUAUCUAACUUAACAGCAUUUUUUUACUCUGUUAAGACGUUGAUUUGAAGUCCUGUAGUUUUAAUGUAUAGGAAACUUUAUUUGAUGUAAGUUGUAACCAAAUUUCUAUAACAAAACUUCUAGAUGUAAACAAUUGGCAUCGCUUAUUUAAAGCCAAUAUAUAACUCUGUUUGGUAAACUUACCUCUAAUAGAAUAUCCUAUGUAUUAAAAACAUAACUGAACUUUAUCGAUAGUUUAAUUUUCUUUUUAUUGUUUCUAAUUUUUCACACAAAUUCGUUGCUUAUACUGUUUUAUGCCUUCAACUUUAAUUUUUUAAAUUGUGCUAUGCAAAUCGUUUCUGUGCCAUUUCUCGU